AGAUGCGACGCUGCAUGAUAAGCCCUGUCUGGCCGGAACUGGGGACGGCGGCAAAAAAAUGUUAUAAGGAAAGGUGCUCCGGAACAGUACGUGACCUACAGUGAGUGUUGCGGCGUCGCCGCGAACAACUGGUACUGUGAAUACCGAUAUCAUUCCGCCCUGGUGCUUACGCCAUCAAUAUGAAAACCAGCCUCAAUCCGCUUAUCCUUCUGGUGGUAGCUUGCAUUGCAAUUGGACCAGGUGUCGAUGGAAUAACAUGCGAACCGGCAUUUGCCGCAAGAUGGUUUCCUGGCGGCCGGGCGCUGCAUUGCCAUUACCGAUGUGCAUGGUCCAUACGAAACUACGGACUAGAAGAGGAUGGCACACCAUGUAUCAUUACGUUUAGUAGCUAUGGAGUGUGCCACAAGGGACAUUGCGUGAAGAAUCCGCCUCCUACACCAGCACCACCGGUUCCCGAGGACGCGACCACCCGUGUGCCAAGUACAGCGAGAACGGACACUAGGACAACGGUGGUGUCCUCAACGAGCACAACCACGGGUCCACGAUCACCUUCUGUUGCAGUCACGCCGGGUAACAGCUAUACGACCGCGGAAUUUACAUCAACUGGGACGGGAAGGGUAACAGCGACGAGACAGUCUACAAGCGCUUCUACAGACACGCACGGUGACCAGAUUACGACCACCACGACACCUACAGUUUCACAGCCCAAAGAAUAUACACCUACACGAAGGCAAAGGGUAACAGUUACAAGACACUCUACAAGCUCUUCUACAGACACGCACGAUGACCAGAUUACGACCACCACGACACCUGCAGUUUCACAGCCCAAAGAAUACACACCUACACGAAGGCAAAGGGUAACAGUGACAAGACAGCCUACAAGCACUUCUACAGCCACGCCCGGUGACCAGAUUACGACCACCACGACACCUGCAGUUUCACAGCCCAAAGAAUACACACCUACACGAAGGCAAAGGGUAACAGUGACAAGACAGCCUACAAGCACUUCUAUAGCCACGCCCGGUGACCAGAUUACGACCACCACGACACCUGCAGUUUCACAGCCCAAAGAAUACACACCUACACGAAGGCAAAGGGUAACAGUGACAAGCCACUCUACAAGCUCUUCUACAGACACGCACGGUGAACAGAUUACGACCACCACGACACCUGCAGUUUCACAGCCCAAAGAAUACACAGCUACACGAAGGCAAAGGGUAACAGUGACAAGACACUCUACAAGCACUUCUACAGCCACGCCCGGUGACCAGAUUACGACCACCACGACACCUGCAGUUUCACAGCCCAAAGAAUACACACCUACACGAAGGCAAAGGGUAACAGUGACAAGACAGCCUACAAGCACUUCUAUAGCCACGCCCGGUGACCAGAUUACGAUCACCACGACACCUGCAGUUUCACAGCCCAAAGAAUACACACCUACACGAAGGCAAAGGGUAACAGUGACAAGCCACUCUACAAGCUCUUCUACAGACACGCACGGUGAACAGAUUACGACCACCACGACACCUGCAGUUUCACAGCCCAAAGAAUACACAGCUACACGAAGGCAAAGGGUAACAGUGACAAGACACUCUACAAGCUCUUCUACAGACACGCAUGGUGACCAGAUUGCGAGCACCACGACACCUGCGGUUUCACAGCCCAAAGAAUACACACCUACACGAAGGCAAAGGGUAACAGUGACAAGACAGCCUACAAGCAGUUCUACAGACACGCCCGGUGACCAGAUUACGACCACCACGGCACCUGCAGUUUCACAGCACCAAGAUUAUACACCUACUACAAGACAAUGGGUAACAGCGAGAAGACAGCACACAAGUACUAGAUUGCCGGUAGAAGGAGCCACAUCUGAGGCACAAUUCACGAGCACGCGAUCACCUAAAUGGCCGAAGUACCCUGGAUUCCAAUUCACCACCCAGGAAACAACUUCACGCGGCCCAGAUGGCACGACGAGCUAUUAUGACGAUGGCAACUCCGACAAGCAAACACUUCCAACGAGAUACGGUCCCCGGCCCACGCGGAAGCAGGUAGAAAUCACUACACGUGACGCAGACGGCACGACGAACUAUUAUGACGAUGACAACUCCAACAAGCGAACACUUUCAACGAUCCUCGGUACUCGAUCUACGCAAAAGCUGGUCGAGUCCAGUACAGAGCGGGCAAUUAGUUCAGGCAAAGCCUACACUGGCGAACACUAUCGAGACUUCGUUUUUUAAUGGAAACUUUUUUUUAUAUGUUUCGCGCCCAAAUGGAUCAGAGAAAGCUGUCUUCCUACAUAAGUGCAUGGCAUGAGACUGAUGUACAUUUGUUUGUGCAGGAGAUUUCUCGCUCGUCUACACGUUACACAUUUACAUUAUAUGGAAUUUACAUUUUUUGUGUUUUUUUUUUCGCUGUAGCAAGUCAUGAAAGUACGUGCAUGCAUCGUGAAUGGCGCGAUUUCGCAAAUAAAUUUCGCAAAUAAUAAUAAUUUCGCAAAUAAAUAAUUUCGCAAUUGAUAA